GAGGGGGUUCGUUCUAUGAUCCAAAUAUUGAACGAUCUAAUAAUAACUCUUAUCUUACAAAAAUUGUUCUGUUUUCAGGUACGUACUUGGCACAAUGGUACCGCUGGUUCCUUCCCAGUGUCUAGAAUCUGCAUUAACGAGAGUCUGGAAGAGCGGGUGCAGGAAUUGGAACAGGCAUUGCAAGCAGAGCGUAUUGCUGCGCAACGAGAUCGGGCGACGAUCACGAAGCUCCAACGGCAGAUCAACAAGAGAGAGGCUACGCAACGAGAUGUGGAACGCGAACGACGACAACGAAUGGAGGCCGAAGCUCGGGUGCGCGAGGCUACGGCUGAAGCUGAAAGAGCACGCUCCAGGGUUCAUCAUCUUCAGAGAGAACUGGCCAGGAUGGAGGAGACGUCACGAGGGUUGCUGCAGCAUAAGCACAGGGCCGAACAGCUGAAGCAAGAGAAAACUGCUCUUACGCUUUCUUACGAGGCGCGUGUACAUCAAUAUCAGGCACAAAUCUCGAAGCUGCAGCUGGAGAACGAGUCGAUGAGGGGUCAGCUGCGCGGUUUGGAGGCUGCGUGUGCUGGUGAGGUGCAUGCCGCGUUGGUGGCACGUCUGGCGACCUUGGAAACAGAACACGCCGCUUUGGCGAGGGACGCGGACGCUCAGCGUCGCCAGUACGAGCGGUGUCUGGACGACGUCGCCAACCAGGUGGUCCGCGCCCUUCUAUCCCAAAAGGGUCUCAGGGAAGAAAUCGGUGCAUUGCAGAGGCGUAUUCGAGAGCUCGAAGCUCAAAAUCGAGCGCUUUCAGGAUUAUUGGCCCAAGCCGCAAAUCCUGGAAGUCCAACAGAAUUGAUUCAAGGGAUUCUCGAAGCUGGACCAGCGGCAGUAGUGGCCGCCCUUGGUCUGGAUCCAGCUUGGGUUCCCUUGUCAAGGCCACGCUCGCUCAAUUUACAAAUACCAGUCAUGGCUGCCACGAAAUGUCGAAGAAACAGACCGCUAGCCCAGAAACCAUCGGAAGAGGAAGGUAGCGAGAGUCCAGAGAGCGGGAACAGAGACGAAGGUUAUUCAACGAUGUCCAGCGAUGUACAAGGUGAGGGUGCUCGACAGGAGCCAUCCCGAGGAUUAGAGGAUCUGAAAGAGGCGACAGAUGAGACCGAGGCAGACGUUUCACCGGAUGCACGAUUGGUCGCCCUCGACGCCGGCGAUCCUGACGUCCUGUUUUUGCCAUUGAAUCUCACUGUAGGAAUAAAUCCACGCCACAGUUAUCCCCCGACCAAAGAUUUGCUACCGUAUCAGCACGUGAUGCGUAGCUUCUCCGACAGUCAUCUAUGUCUGAAGUUGACCACUACCACUAAUUUCACACCGUACAAGCUAUCGAGUCCCAUGGGAUCCUCCUCUCUACUUCUAGUCGAGGAAGAAGGCUGGGAUACCGAGUAUGUGCAACAAUGGCUCAGGUUGGACGAUAGUAGAAGUGCUCAACAACAUCGAGAUCUUCUCGAGUUGGAAUACGACAGAGCAGAAUUGGAAGAUUGGAGUUUCUCGUUAUCUACCGAGGACCUUGUUCAAAAUGAAUCCACGGUGUGGAAAGAACCCACCACCACCACUACGACUCCAGCGCUUCCUGCAAUCAAGGAACAUAAUCCUUUGGAAUUGGAAGAGGAUGCAAACGAAUGCUUGUGGAAUGGUGCCAGUUAUCUUGCAGAUAGAACAGGAGGCGAAUUGGUUGCGCUACUUAUGGAUGCCAGAGCGACUGGAUCGUGGCCAUAUGCUACAAGUCCUGGUACUUCAUGGAGCAGUGAAGAAGGUGCGUUUGAAAAUUCCAGUAAACGAUCUUCGGCGGCACUAUCCGGUUGCAGCGACGAUCCGGAUUCACCUUCGAUCGGUACCGACUUCACCAGAGAUUUCUAUAGGCUGGUAAAAUUCGAGAGCACGAAGAGUUUGGCAAGCACAUCAUCGAGAAGCGGAAGACCUCCACCGGAUAGGGAACAAGCUUUACAGAGUGUCUUGUCUUUUAUCGCUGAACAACAAAUGUAUUUAACUGAAUUACCGAACAAUCUACUGGAACAUAAUGGUACAACGGAAGUUUUAGAAGAAACGGAAAACAAGGAUGAGUCUGGAACCGAGGCAAUGUGCACCGAAAUUGAACCUGUUGAUCAAGAUAACAGUAACAUGGAGAAUAUCGAAACGAGCACUAAUGAUGAUUUGCUGGAUCAAAUACCCGUACCCUCUUUAGCACCGGAAGAGAGAAUAAUCAGUGCGGUAGCUUGCAACGGUGGUGUAUCUUAUACUACAGUUGCGCCAUCCGAAUUGGGUGCUGUUCCUGAAGAAGACGAAGAAGCUGCUACUUCUUCUACACCAAGCACGGUUGUAAGUCCAGCGAGAGCAUCGCUACUAGUCGAAGGCAGGGAUCGAUCGCUGAGCUUUCACGAGCGUGCCACAUCGAAGGACGUGAUAGACGAAUUGAAUCGAAUGAUCAGGAAAGGUGAGGAGAACACUGUGACCCAAGAAACCCAGGUACCGCUCGAAAAAUUAGAUCUUGCUUGCUGCUGUCCAACUGGAUGGGUUCACGUUGAACGAGAUAUUGACUUUACCGACCCAAAAGCAAGAGCCAAUCUUUUAGACGUGAUGUUAGAGAGCAGUGAAAGUUCUUCGGCGACAUCGAGCAGCGGAUCAGCCGGAAGUGACUCGGGGGAUGAACCACCUGAUUACCGUCACUUGCAUAGACUACAUCGAUACCGACGACAAAAAAAAGCAUCGGCGGCCCAGGCACAUCGUGUAUUACGAUUGCCGUCAACCUGGGGUUCAUCAAGGCCAUCGAUCAUCGGACGAGGUGAGGAUUUCUUCGUACGAUAUGGAGACAAGGAACGUGAAGCCGUGGCCUCUUUUGACUUCCUCGACGAGAUCGUGGCACCCUCCUCGACAGGCUCGAAUGCUAGUCUCAUCGAUUUGGAUGACACACCAUCUACUGAGCUUCGUAGCGACAUCAUGAAGCUUUCUCCGCUUUAGGACGAGUUGCGAUGCUGAAAUUUAUCCUUAAAGCUAUACAUUGAAUGGAAGCCCCUUGUAGAAUGUGCAAGGGUAGGCAAAUUAUUCUGUUCUAAUUAUAGGUCAUUACGCUUGCUUUAUAAAAUGGCGGAAUUUAAAUUGCGCUGAUAUUAUGUUUCGAUGUCUAUAUCAAAGAUUUAAAGCAUGCGAAGAUGAAUUGUAUUAUAACAUCUUUAAAGAUAUAUUGAUUUUUUUUUAUUCUUGUUAUACGCUUCUUUAUAGCAAGUAAUUUGCAUAUAAUUUGGAUAGAAAGGUAAAAGUUGGUAUGAAUAUAUCUUAUAGAUGUUUUGCUGAGGGUCAGUAUAGUUUAAUUGUGACGAUAUCUAUUUAUUUUUGUUAAAACAUUUUGAACAACUUUGAAAUAAAUUUUCGACGAUAUACUAGUUUUUUAUAGCAUGAAAUAUAGAAAAAUAUU